CUUUCAGAUGUCAGCGGGAGCUACAUUAUGCCGAAAUAUGCCACAACAUGCAGUUAUAUUUUUAAUUUGUGCUUUGGGACUCAUUCAGAAAGGUCUAGCAGCUGUGAUAGAGACUCAGCAGACUGUGAUGGCAGCAGUGGGAGAAGACGCUCUUUUAAACUGUCAGCUGAUGCAACCUAAAGAUGUUCUUCAAAUUAGAUGGCAGAAAGUUUUACCUGAGAGGGUGAAGAAUCUUGCAUCUUACAACAAAUACUUUGUUAGGGAUGUAAAUCCUGACUUUAGAGAUAAAAUGGAGUUUAAAUAUGCUGGACUGCAGAACUGUUCCAUAGUUAUCAGGAGGGUGACGGAGGAAGAUGAAGGAUGCUAUCACUGUGUGUUUAAAAUCCACCCUGAUAGAGCUCUGACUGGUUCAACCUGCCUCCAACUCUAUGAGCUGCAUGAACCCGUUCUACAUGUCAGAGAAUCAAACUCUCCUGAAGAGGCAGUUGUGUCCUGCUCGGCCACAGGUCGACCUGCUCCCACAGUAACACUGACUGUCCCUCACUACAACUCUACCAGUGUCACCAACACCAACGCUACAGUCACUGUCACCGCUACAGCCGUGCUGCCUCGUCUCCAUGGCAACAGCACACAGGUUGGAUGUGCAGUGCGAGUGCUCUCUGGUCCUCAGAUAGAGGUGUUAACCAUGAUUCCUGAGGUCACGCUGUCGUCUGCUGAUGAUGUCACUUGGAUCACUGUGUUGGUCGUGGUGUCCUGUGUUUGUGUUGCUGCUGCAGUCAUCAUCAUCCUGCUUAUAAGGAAACAUCAGAACAGUGUGUCACACAGAGACUCUGAGGAGAAGAAGCCACGAAGAACAACCAAAGACACUGAAGAGAACGGAGUACUUGUAGCCAUGCAGGUCAGACGACAGACACCUACUGAGAAAAAUCAGACAAGGGACAAGCCAACACCGCCAUCUCCAGCAAAUGUCCUCUAAUAUGUCAGACAGACUGUAGUGUCAGUACUCAGACUGUGAGACCUGAACAUACAGUGAGAAAAUGUGUUUUUACAUUUUUAUACCAUUUCAUGUUUAUAUGAUCUUUUUAAUAGCAUUUGAUAAUCAUUUUCAGGUGUUUUCACAUUAUUUGUGUAUUAUAUCCCUGAAAAGACCUUCAUCGGCUCCAUUUCAAUGACAGUGCCUUUUGUUCAGAUUGAUUUGUUCCCAGGUGUGACUCGAUGUCAGCAGCAGAUUAUUAGAAGAAGCUGCACCACGAGGCCACUGAAGGUCAAUGUUUACUCACAUUCACUGAGAAACUGUUGAGACAUCAGACUUAUCUUCUGUCUCUGCAGUGAAGUUUGAAGAAUAGCUUUGCUAAAGCACCUGACCUGUUAAUACCAGCAUGUUAUAGCACUUUAGACUGAAACGGAAACCUGUUCCAGUCUGGUCAGACCAUUGUAGCCUCCUGCACUUUGCUCUCCAUGGAAAAAAACGAGUUCUGAUAUUCUACACCUACACAGCAAAUUGGAACGCGUUAUGUAAGUUACACCUAGGUGUAAUUCACUCCCAAAAUUCAAUCCCUGCUCCCUAUUGGACGAGACCAGCCGGAUCUAGACGGAGUCAGGCUAAAUCCUCCCUGACUCUUUGCACAUAAGUUGCUGUAAGGGAGCUCCCAAACACACACAUACACACACACGCACACACACAGGUCCACUUGCUUGGUUUGAUUUACUACAAUUAGUUUGUUAUUGGUGUGAUACAGUCCCUGAAUGUAGAGUCUGUAUAUAGAGACUAGUGUGGUAAUAAUAGUCGAGUGUUGAUCAGUUACUGCCUUAAUAAACAUUUGUGACUUUA